AUGUCUGUUCAUAUCUAUCUGUCUAUCUAUGUCUGUUUAUAUCUAUGUCUGCUUAUAUCUAUCUAUCUAUCUAUCUAUCUAUCUAUCUAUCUAUCUAUCUAUCUAUGUCUGUUCAUAUCUAUCAAUGUCUGUUUAUAUCUAUCUAUCUAUCUAAAUCUGUUCAUAUCUAUCUAUUAUGUUCAUAUCUAUCUAUCUAUCUAUCUAUCUAUCUAUCUAUCUAUCUAUCUAUCUAUCUGUCUUCAUAUCUAUCUGUCUGUCUGUUCAUAUCUAUGUCUGUUUCUAUCUAUCUAUCUAUCUAUCUAUCUAUCUAUCUAUCUAUCUAUCUAUCUAUCUAAGUCUGUUCAUAUCUAUUAUGUUCAUCUAUCUAUCUAUCUAUCUAUCUAUCUAUCUAUCUAUCUAUCUAUCUAUCUAUGUCUGUUUAUAUCUAUGUCUGCUUAUAUCUAUCUAUCUAUCUAUCUAUCUAUCUAUCUAUCUAUCUAUCUAAGUCUGUUCAUAUCUAUCUAUUUAUCUAUCACUUUCAUCACCUUUUCGCUUUUUUAUUUUUCUAUGAAAGAAAAUUUCUCUAAUAUGUCUUCAACUUUUCUUAAUACUCUUUUUAAACACUUCCCAUUUGUUCAUCGCAUACCAUAA